GAUCAGCUGGCAAUCAGCUGUCAGACGGUUACCGGCGCUACAGAACCUAACCACAGCCGGAGAAACAUCUGAACAUACAUUUUUGACUCAAUUCUAAAAGGUUUUUUUGAAAAUCACAUCAUGGAUUCACCUUGUUAUAAUAGCGACAUGCUGCAGUCGGAUCAGUCAGCGAAUGUCAUCGUCGAAAUCAUCGCCGGUGCAACACGUUACAAGAUAAUGCAGCAAUGCAUCGAAGCUGGAGUGUUUGACAACCUGGAAUCUCAUGGCGAACCGUGCACAGCUGAAGUCUUUGCUAAGAAGAAUAAUUAUGAGCCAAAAAUCACUGUAAAACUCCUGGAUACAUUGGUUAGCUUCAAACUCCUGGAAAAGAAUACGAACAACAAAGGCCAAUCCGUAUAUAAGAAUUGUCUUGGAACCUCAAAGUACUUGACACGAUCACGCAAGCCGACAAUGAUUGGACUUUCAAUGAUGGAAAGUAGCUUCAUUCUACCCAUGCUUGACAUGUUUCCGACUUUUCUUAAAGCAGGUCAACCUAACCUUGACAUGAACAAGAACAACAUAGAAACCGGCAAUGGUAACCUACCGCCGGAAAUGCCUAAAGUUCCAUCAAAAGGCAGUAAUAAGCCGCAGUUGAUAGAAAAUAACACGAAGCCGCAAAUGUCAGAUAAGACAUUACCGAAAAUGAACAACAUGAUGCCGAACCCUUCCAUGAAACCAAAUUUGCCUGUUAUGCCUGCUAUGAUGCCCAAAAUGCCAGCAGGAAUGAUGCCCUCAGGAAUGGACAUGAAAAACAAGCCAUUGAUGGAUGGCAAUGCCAUGGCAGGCAUGAUGCACGUGAAGAUGAUGAGCGCGUAUGACGGAUUCUCAGGGCCAUGCUCGAACGUCCUCGCACGAGCCUUUGAUCUGAGUACACAUAGAGAGGCUGUGGAUCUCGGAGGUGGGUCAGGACAGAUCUCGUUUGAGUUAUCGCGAGAGUAUCCUAAUAUGGAAAUAACUGUGUUCGAUCUCCCACAAGUCUCACAAAUGGCGGAAAAGUUACAGCCGGCCAGUACAAAAGACAGGGUCUCCUUCAAGUCUGGAAAUUUUCUAGAAGAUAACAUCCCGUCCGGGGACCUAUUUAUCCUGAGUCACAUCGUCCAUAUGUGGAACUCGCAAUCUCUCGACCAAAUACUCACCAAAGUGUACGCCAGUCUGCCGGCAGGUGGCAGUAUGCUUGUUCUCGAGAAAGUGCUUAGUGAACAAAGAGAUGGACCAGAACUGGCUAUCACCAAUGACCUCCUUAUGACUCUCAUGUCGAAGGGCCAGGAACGAACAUCCACGGAAUACCAGAAUCUUUUUGCUAAAUACGGUUUUAUCAAUUUCCAAGUGAGGUCAUUGGAAGGAACAAAUUAUUUUGACGCAAUGCUCGUGAAGAAACCAUUUUAGACAAUUAUCAAUGAUCUCAAUCCAAUACAUAUUCACAAGAUGUGAAUAAAGACUAGCUUUUGCCAGGAUCUCAUAGACUGCAGAUUACUUCAUCGGAAUGAUUGAUGACAAUGCGACCGUGUAUUGACCUUAUAUGUGAAUCGAUUUUCAAAAUCUGUGCAAUUUACAUUUCAGGACAUUUUGUCAGUAGAAUUACAGAAAUGUUGGUGUCUUAUUUUUUUUGAAGAAAGUAAGCAGAUCCGUUUCAAAUACACCUGGAAUGUUGAAUAUGCAAUUGCAAAUAAUAAUUUGAACAAAAACUCUCUUCAGUAUCAUUCAGUGCAAUGUCGUACGAGUUUCUUUUACUCAGAUGAGACGUUUUUUAUGACAUGCAAGAGGUUGGUUCUGCUCGACAUAUGUGUUAUAUGUUCUUCAAAUUAAACACUUAUAAUCAGGUAUCAAAACCCAGUGUAAAUGACCAAAAGGGGUUUACUAUUAGAUUGCUAAUAAUUCAAAAUCUUGCACAUCUGUCUUUCCUAAGAAUUGGACCAGUUCUAAACAUGUCUAAAAUUGUUUUCAUUGUUUUAUGUACUUUUAUCAUUUAGAAAUAAUUAUGUUGAAAAUAUGAUACGAAUAACCUUUCUAAAGCGCACAUACCUUUUUUUAAAGAUGAAAUCAGAUUUUGUUAGCUGCGACAGAUAUAUCAAUCAUGCUAGGGAAAGUUGGAGCAUCGUAAUUUGGUUUGGAUAAAGUAUACAAUAGAAAUGUAUUCAAAUGUUUUCAACAUUAAGGACGCUUAAUAAACAAAACUAAUAACUAUACAUAAGCAACUAAUAUUUUUUGACUAAUAAAGAUGUCUAUAUUUGCAUCAUUUGAACAGCAAUAAAAUAUAAAUAACAAUUGACAAUGAACGGCAACUUAGAAAUCAUGCUUUGUAAACAUCAUUGUCAUCAUCAUUUUUAUUGUUUAUAAUCAUUCUACGAUCGCAAACCAUUUGGUGCCAGGCAUUUUUAGCCCGUCAUUUUACAUGUUCCGUUUAUCUGUAACGUCUUUUUAUGUGAUAUUUUUGUUAUGUGUAUGCAUAAUGUUUCCCCGAAAUAUAUAUCUAAAAUAAAUACAAAAGUAUAUAAAUAUCUAUAUAAACGAAAAUGUUUAUUAAAAACAAUUCAAUGGCAAGAUUAAGAGAAUAGGUUGCUGUUAGACAAUUCUAUUUUUACUUUUUCAUUUUUCUCACUAUAUGGUUUAUUCAAUUUGUCUACGCAAGAAGAAACACUGUUGUAUGAAAUUGCACUCACUUACUCUUAAAAACGAUAUAAAACAUAUACAUAGUUUAAUGCAACUCUAAAUUGGUUUAAAAACAAACUGUGCCGACUUCACGAAUGUAUCUCCCAAACUGCUUGUUUUUCUUUUACCUAUGUAAUCGUACGCUCAAAUAGUUUUAAAUUCACAUACAAACAUAAAAAUUUGACGCAGACAACGACACUUUCAUCGAAUGCUGCGUCAAGGUGAUUACAUGCAUCAUCUAUACAAUUACUUUAAGAUCAUGUGUAUAUAUCCGAUACAUGGCGAGGUUCCAAUCAGGUGAAACCAUUUGAAAUUCGGUGAAUAAGACAUACUCUAUUUGCUACCUCAUUCGAUACUGUCUUGUGAAAUUUAAACCUUAAAAUGAUUAAUUGUUGAAUUCCCAGGGAUUAUAUUUAUAUAAAAAAUGCAUUACCUUCAAUGAGUAAACAACUUACCUCUCAUGCAAAAUCGAAAUAUUUGACUACUCAGCUCUGUAUAAUUUGACAAAUAUUUAUCAUUAUAUUAAGCGAGCCCGUAUACAAUGUUAUUGUGAUCGGCGAAGAAGGCUUCACAUUGUCUUUGAUAGAGUGGUGUAUGCCGCAAUUACAUCAACUUAUCAAAAAAAAUUCCGAGAUUUAGUUUUCAAAUAAGUCUGAAAUGAAACAAGAAUAUGACGACUCAGAAAAAAGUGUAAAUAUUAUAUACAGUGCUUUGAUAUAAUGUCUAUGGGUCUCCAGAGUUCCUGUAGUAGUUAUGAGGAAACAAAACAAUAUUUUUUGGACUUACUGUAUAUGAUUCACAUCUAUAAAAUGUGUAACUGAAAAAAAAAGCUGGGUUAAAGGGAUCAAACAAUACUUCACCAGGAAGAAAAAAGGUCCGAGUCCUAAUGAAUUACAUGUGUGUGUUCAACUGAACAGUUCAGCUUGAUAACUCGAAUAGUUCAUGUCAGAUGCUUUCAUUAAUAACAUUGUACUUUUGUUAUCAUUAUUAUUAUUUUCUUUCUAUUAUUUAUACUAUGAAGACGUUUUCUCUACAAAUACAAUAAAAAAAGUUUACAAAGUA